GAGUCCAAAAGCCAUGGGUUAAGUUCAGCUCACCAAAAGAGGGAAAAAAACAACCUUCACGUAUACACGCACGAAAUUCUAUGCAUCUUUCCACUUUAUGACCAAACAGCCCCCACUUGUUAUAAUUAAUUCAAAUAAAUCCAACAAUUCUUCUUUAAUAGGUUUUUACACCACAAAAUUCCCAGAAUAUUACAAAUACAUCCAUUUUCUCCUGCCUUUUUCUUACUGUGAGAAAGUUUUUGAGUUGCUACAGUGUAAUGGCUGUUGCUUGGGUUCGUAAGGAUUUGUGAAUUGACUAUUUUAUCCAUGUCUGGUAGACGAUCGAGGAGUUAUACUUUAUUGAGUCAAAUUCCCGAUGAUAAUUUCUCGCCGGCGCCGCCGAAGUUCGCCGCCGUAGGUGGUAGUGGAACGCCGUACAACGAGUCUAAUUCCGGUGAGAAGAAUAGAGGUAAAGUAUUUGAUUGGGAUUUGAUGAAUCUGGUCGGGUCAUUAGCGGUACCCGGUUCGAUCGGGUCGUUGAGGCAAUCAAGUGAAGGUAGCUUCGGUGAUAAUAGCUCGGUAUCGGCGGUAUCGGGGGAGAACUACGUGGAGGUUACUUCGUUUGGGUAUAAAAAUGAUGGAUGUGGUGGAUCAUCGGUGGGAAGGAGCUGGGCGCAGCAAACGGAGGAGAGUUAUCAGCUGCAGUUAGCGUUGGCGAUACGGCUUGCUUCGGAAGCAACGUGUGCUGACUCUCCGAACUUUUUGGAUCCGGCGACUGAUGUUUUGGCAGCUCGAGAUUCAGUUUCUGGAUCAGCUGAAGCAAUGUCGCAUCGAUUGUGGAUAAAUGGAUGCUUGUCGUACUUUGACAAAGUCCCUGAUGGAUUUUAUUGGAUUUUUGGGAUGGAUCCAUAUGUUUGGACUGUCUGCUCAGUUCUGCAAGAAAGUGGCCGUAUUCCAUCAAUUGAAUCAUUGAAGGCUGUUGAUCUCUCUAAAGCACCAUCUGUUGAAGUGAUUUUAAUUGAUCGCUUUAAUGAUCCCCGCUUGAUGGAACUGCAGAAUAGAAUUCGUAGCAUAUUCCCUAGUUGCGUCACCACAGAAGAAGCUGUUGAUCAGCUUGCCAAGCUGGUUUGUGAUCAUAUGGGGGGUGCAGCUCCUGCUGGAGAAGAGGACUUGGUGUCCAUGUCCAAGGAGUGCAGUGAUGACCUGAAGGAUUGUCUAGGAACUAUCGUGCUUCCCAUUGGUAGCCUGUCUGUUGGGUUUUGCAGGCAUCGAGCUUUGCUUUUUAAAGUGCUAGCUGACAUAAUUGAUUUACCAUGUCGAAUUGCCAAGGGAUGUAAAUAUUGUAAUAGCUCUGAUGCUUCCUCGUGUCUUGUUCGAUUUGGACUUGACAGGGAGUACCUGGUUGAUUUGAUCAGUAAACCCGGGUUGUUAUGGGAACCGGAUUCCUUGCUCAAUGGUCCAUCUUCCAUCUCAAUUUCUUCACCUUUGCGCUUUCCGAGAUACAGACAAGUUGAACCUACAAUUGAUUUCAGGUCGCUGGCCAAACAGUAUUUCUUGGAUAGUCAAUCACUUAAUCUACUGUUUGAUGAUUCUUCAGCUGGAGCUGCAGCUGAUGGGGAUGCAGGACAAUCAGACAGGAGUUGCAUGGAUAGAAACAAUGCAGUCCCUAGUUCAAGUAACCGUGAUGAAAUUUCUCAGUUACCUCUUCCUCCAUUAAAUGCAUGGAAAAAAGGAAAAGAUAAAGAAUCUCAAUUUUCUAAAAUGUAUAAGCCUCCAAGUAUGUUAAACCCAAUAAACAUGGACAAGGACCUGGUUCUUGUGAAGCAUGUCCCUCCAAUACGAGAAGAUGCUCAACCACUGAUGGCAAGCGCAGAUACAGUAAAAGAUACUAGGUUUCUUGCUGUAGGAGGUCAUGUCGUUUCUUCUAUGCUAAGCGAAGAACUUGCUCUUGAUGUAGAUGAGUUCAAUAUUCCAUGGGAUGAUCUGGUUCUGAGGGAGAAAAUUGGGGCAGGGUCUUUUGGUACUGUUCACCGUGCUGAUUGGCAUGGCUCUGAUGUUGCCGUGAAGAUUCUCAUGGAACAAGAUUUUCAUGCCGAGCGAUUAAAGGAAUUUUUGAGGGAGGUUGCAAUUAUGAAGCGGUUGCGACAUCCAAAUAUUGUACUUUUUAUGGGUGCUGUCAUUCAGCCACCAAAUUUGUCCAUAGUCACAGAAUAUUUAUCGAGAGGUAGCUUAUAUAGACUUCUUCAUAAACCUGGUGCCAGAGAGGUGUUGGAUGAAAGGCGUCGGCUGUGUAUGGCUUAUGAUGUGGCAAAUGGGAUGAAUUAUCUUCACAAACGCAAUCCUCCCAUUGUUCACCGAGAUUUGAAAUCUCCAAAUCUGCUUGUGGACAAAAAAUAUACAGUGAAGGUCUGUGAUUUUGGUCUUUCUCGUUUCAAAGAGAAUACAUUCCUUUCAUCAAAGACUGCUGCCGGAACUCCGGAAUGGAUGGCGCCUGAAGUCAUUCGUGAUGAACCAUCAAAUGAAAAAUCUGAUGUAUACAGCUUCGGUGUCAUUUUGUGGGAGCUGACAACACUACAACAACCAUGGAGUAAAUUGAACGCACCACAGGUUAUAGCAGCUGUUGGCUUUAACAGGAAGAGGCUUGAAAUUCCAAGUGACUUGAAUCCUCAAGUGGCGACUAUUAUUGAGGCUUGCUGGGCUAAUGAGCCGUGGAAACGCCCCUCCUUUUCCACUAUCAUGGAUAUGCUGAGACCGCAAAUUAAAUCUCCUCUACCUCAACCAGAUCACACAGACGUGCAGUUGCUUUCAUGAAUACGUGUGAUAACUGUAUGGUUUCUGCAUUCGUUACAGGCCUUGAUUCUGGGAGGAAGAGCAUUUGGAUUAUGUCAGGCUUGUAUGAUGUAUGUAACAUAUUAGUUUCAGAUUUCCUGCAGAGAAAGCUAAGUUUUCUUUGCAAUUUCAAGUCACAGCCACUGGCUUGCAGAAGACCCUUUGCACUGGGCAUUUUCCUCUUGAACCAUUGUCUGGACAAGUGAUUUUGUUCAAUGUCAAUUUUUAUAAUUUCUGCCAGAAUUCAUGGUUGUAUAACUUUGUAUGUAAAAGCAUCUUAAUGGAAAUGUUCACAUAGAUUACACCGUUUUAAUGUGUGCGCUUUAUGGUGACAUGUAUUUGUUCCA